UUGAAUAAGCAUACGCCUUUGAAUCGUUUGAAUCGUUUUAGUAAACACACUUUGGAUAACUUUUCAUAGGUGUGUUUCAAACGAGUAAUUUAGAAUUAAAGCUUGAAAUAUUUCGUUAUAUUAGUACGUGGUAUUAAUUGGUAAUAAAUGUUGACAUAACGGAUUGUUAUUUGAAAUUAUCAUUGAAAUACCGAAUAAGCUCAAUAUUAGUUUCAAUGCGCAUUAAUCCUGACUAAUUCAAAGCAUAAUCUUAAAAGAAAACACGAAAGAAUCUCAAAGAUAAGAUAGGCUGUUGGUUAAUGAAACACAAAAACACGUGGACACGUUUUGUUGUUUAAGUGGAUAAAGAAAAAAAAGGAAUAUGAUAUUUCAGAACGUUUUAGCUUUAGCGGCAACACUUGUCCUGGUACUCAUUCAGCUAGGAUCAAUGGAUAUGGUGCGUUCUUCUGAAGUGCGCAUCACAGGUGGCAAAGACUUCCUUGGUGUGGUUCAAUUCAAUGAAAACGGAACGUGGUCUAGCCUUUGUACUGAUGGGUUUGGGAAGACAAAUGCGAAGGUUGUGUGCAGGCAGCUUGGUUUCAAGAAAGGUAUUGCUUUGAAAAUGAGCUCUUUUGCAAAUGCAGUUCGUCCGAACAUAUCUUGUGUUGGCAAGGAGACCUCAAUAUUGAAAUGCAAAUAUAACAUUGGAGGGCGUUGCAAGGAAAGUUGGAAAAAUGCCGGAGUUCUAUGCUACAAUCAAAACAAACCUUCAGUUCGCAUUAACGGUACACGAAACUCCGGUCGUGUUGAACUUCAAGUUGACGACAUCAAUUACACAUUUUGUGAAAGUAUGUGGCAGAGUGGUCCAUCUAGAACAGCCUGUAGGCAAUUCGGGUUCAACGACGGGCUGAGAAGGAUUUAUCCGAAUGGUAACAUGACCAUGCUAGCUAUCAGCAUCUGGUGUGACUAUAAGGACCAAUCAAUUUUCUCGUGCUCCUGGUUCUUGAAAGACGAUUCCACAUGCCUCGAAGUGAAUAGAGCUGCUGGCGUGGUGUGCUAUAAUAAUGUGCGUAUUACUGACGGUUGGGAGAACGACACAAUGAUUGCUGGUGUAGUGGAAAUGUAUUAUCCCGACUAUGUUGCUACAACGAAUUGGUUUACCAUGAGCCCUACUGGUUUCGACGAAAGGGAGGCACUGGUUGUGUGUCAAGAACUUGGCUUUCCUUACAGUAGACUUUUACCGUUAGGAUUAUUUGGGGCAAAGAGCAUCCCCAUUUUCCACAAAUUUAAUUGUAGUGGAAGUGAAAUUAGUUUUGCCGACUGUGAUUACGGAAAGGCAACCCAAGAAGACUUCCACAUCGUGUAUGCCUGCUAUAUAAGACCAUAUGGAGAUUGUUGGCAGCGGUCAACUAUGACCUACGAGUACUCUUCUAUUGUCUGCUCCGUAUACCCAUUUGGGAACGAAGGAAUGAGGGUACUACCCGUUGACCAUUCACCUACCAUAGUGUAUGUGGAGAAAGACGGAAUAAAGGGAGUUAUAUACCCUGAAGAUUGGGACGAUAAUGACGCCAAGGUCAUGUGUCAACAGCAGGGUUAUAAAACAGGUGUAGCCCUCGGGCCGAAGUAUGCAGAUCCAAGUUACCCAUACUGGAUGUCAAGCGUGCAAUGUGCUGGAACAGAAGGACACAUUGAAAAUUGUACCUUUGAAGAAAAACCUCCUCUUUGGAAAGCAUUCUCAUUCAGGGACUUUCGCAGCGCGGCACAAGUGCAUUGUACAAAUGGCACAGGUGUCGAUAUACAACUUGAUGCAGGAACAUCGCCAAACUCAGGAAUGGUGAAGGUUUCUGUUAGCGGGGAGUGGGGCGUUAUCUGCGAUAGAAACUGGACUAAUAUGGAUGCGAGGGUAGCCUGUCGGCACUUGGGCUUUUAUGACGGUCUUGCUGGUACCAAUGUUAACAAAUCAUUAGGAAAAGGUCGUUUGUGGUUGCACGACAUAGAAUGCAGCGGUGAAGAAAAGUCUAUAUUCUCCUGUCCGGGAAGUUUUAAUGUUACGAAUCAACAAUACUAUGAUAAGUGCAUGGCGUAUGUUUUCUGUACGGAAAAAGUUCGACUUCAACCCAAUGUGACAUUUGGCGCUGUUCAAGUAUGGGACAGAGACAACUAUCAUCUUGUGUGUGCAGAAGGUUUUGAUAAACUUGCUGCUCAAGCAGUGUGUCGAUCCCUUGGGUUCGCUUAUGGAACAAGCAUAUGUUGCUCCGCUUUGGGACAAAUGGAAUACGAUAUUGUAUAUAGCAAUUUCAAAUGUACUGGUAUCGAGUCAGACCUACUCGAAUGCGAUUAUGUUAAAUACUUUCCCAACUGCACCAGUGGACAUUACGCUUCUGUAGCCUGCUCGAACCAUCUGGAAAAUGAAGAUUAUGAAUUAAAGAUCCAUACAUCUGGAAAAGUUACCAUAAGACAUUUUGAUAAUUCGGGCUUUAUCUGCGCUAAUGGUUUUGAUGAUGCAGCAGCGACAGUAAUUUGCAGAGAGAAGGGAUAUAAAGGUGGAUCUGCAUAUUACCAUUCCAGAAAUACUAAAUAUAGCACCGUCCCACUUUUAGGUGUUCCAUGGUUAGCAAACAUUGCGUGCAAUGGAACCGAAUACUAUCUUGGACAAUGUGAAAAAGACAAAUGGGGCUUAGUUGGGACUUGCGAUGAGAACAGAAUACCUGCAGUUUACUGUUACAACCAAACGGGUUUCGUUUUUUCUCUUGUAAAUGAAACAGAUAAUGGUAAUGGACUUGUUGUGUUCACGGUAGAUGAUAAAAGCGGUGCGAUAUGUGUACGCGAUUCCGUUUUUGGAGAACGACAAAAACUUGCAGCCAUUGUAUGUAAACAGCUUGGCUAUGGAAACGGCAGCCUGCUUUUAAAUGGUACUGAAGCUGAGAAUGACGUCGUCGGAAUGGAAAAAUUUCCUGGAAAGUUGGAUAUGUUUAUAACCAAGGUCGAGUGUACCGGAAACGAAAGCAGUAUAACGGAGUGCACGUUUAGGAUUGUAGAAGACUGGUCGACGUUCACUGAAGAUUGGAUAUCGAUAACAACAGAUGGAUGUCACAACUGGUCUUGUAUGAGAGAACGAACUUACAACCGAAUGUAUGCGAUAGAAAAAGAACUCUCGUGUUGGGGAGGAAAACGACGUUUAGCUGUCAAAUGUUUCCUUUAAAACCGUGUAAAUUACGAAAUGCUAAGCAUACAUAAUAUAUAUAGCAAUUGAUAAACAAUACUAUGACCUUAUAUUUAUUGCUAUUACAGGACAGAAAAAUGUAAAAUUUUGUCAGAUAAGCCAAAUGAUUAAAAUACUUGGAAAUAUAAUUUGUAAUUUCCGAUAAUGAGAACAUACUAAUAAACAAGAAAUUUGUUUUUUA